AAUAUUUUAGCUAAAUAUCUUGACUGGUACGUUAUUUGCUUUUUUGAAGUGAAACCCAUGAGCUUCUGUCCUUGCAGCAGCAGUCUGCUUCCGGAUAUUGAUGAGAAGCAGGAGGUACAGUGUAACGCACAACAACUCUUGAUCAUUUCUAGAAGUCCCAGUUUCCAAAUCAGAAUCUGAGAGGAGUGUCAUCCAAAAAUACUAAUAUAUCAAACUGUAGGUGCUGAAUGCUGAGAAGAAUUAACACACAAGAAGUAUUAGAGCUGUUGCUCACCUGCAAGCUACUUUAUGUCUGAAUCUUCCUUGUUUAAUUUACCAUAGAAAUCAGUGAGAAACAUCAGUAUAACAAAUGGCUGAUAAAAAGAACUACAAAGAAAUGUUAAAGAAAGGAGUUAAAAUUUCUCUGGAUGUCCUUCAUGUAGCAUUCUCAGCAGCAGGAGUAUUAAAUCCUAUUUUCAGUGUUGCAGGAUCGGUUGUAGGUGUCCUGUCAAACUUUGUAAAAACUGAUGAAAUGGAGAAACUGAAGCAGGAUUUUGAGGAGAUCCACAUAAAAAUAGAGACUACCUCCAAAGAAUGUGAUGAAUUGCUAGUGAAGAUCCGUCAGGACACCAUCACAAUUCAAUACUCUAAAACAGAGAGCAACAUUAAACACCAGUUUAGGGAAUACACAAAAUUUAUUAAAGAUGAGAUUACUAAAGAAGUAUUUGUUCGGAGCUUUCGUAGGAGUGGUGAUGAUACUAAUCUUUAUGACCUCUAUGAUGGUGUCGUAGGGACUAAGCUAGCAUUUAGUACUCCCAUUCUUGAAGCGUACAGUGGUUGUACUCUAAAGGAAAUGCAGGCUGUGUGUGCACGUCUUAUGAACCUGUUUGCUAUUGGUCUUGUUGCUCUAAUGAGUUACAAAUCAAUCCGUGGUGACGAUAUGGAAGAACUGAAGGAUGAAUGGUAUGAGAAGAUGGAAAACAUAGUAGAGAAAAUGAGCACAAAGAUUGCUGAGUACAGCUAAACCUGGAAAAUUGUAGGCAUGGGUUGUGUAACAUAUUGUUGUUUUGACCGCUCUUGCUGUAUUUAAUCUCAGAAUAUUGCUAUGUACAGAUUUUAAUGGAGGUUAUUUUCUAAUUAUUUUUAUGAUAUGGUUAAUCUUUAACCAGACUGAAAUGCUUUCAAACAGCAGAGCCUGUGACCCUGCUCUGCUGAAUGGCACAUAGACUACAUGCAAAAUGUUUGCCCACAGAGCGUCACUUUUUUUAGUUUGCAGCUGUUUUUUAUUGCUUAUUAUUUGUCGAUACACACAGUAAAUGUGAUGGUCAUUA